AUGGCAGAGUCCAAGAACCACACCAUGCACAACCAAUCCCGAAAAUGGCACAGAAACGGCAUCAAGAAGCCUCAAUCACAAAGAUAUGAACCUCUUUUAGGGGUAGAUCCCACGGUCCUGAGGAGCAUGUGCUUUGCCAAGAAGCACAAGAAAGGCCAGAAGAAGAUGCAGGGCAGCAACGCCAAGGCCAUGAGUGCAUGUGCUGAGGCUAUCAAGGCCCUCGGGAAGCCCAAGGAGGUCAAGACCAAGAUCUCAAAGGGUGGCAGCCACAAGCUCAGUCAACUUGCUUACAUCACUGACCCCAAGCGUGGGGUCAGCAUUGCCGAGGGUCUCAGGCUCUGCCAGCCAAAGGCCAAGGCCAAGGCUCAAACCAAGUCCUGGGUUGCAGCUGCAGCUCUGGCUCAGGCUUAGGCUCAGGCUCCCAAAGGUGCCCAGGCCCCCAUGCAGGCUCUACAUAGAGGCCUCUCUGCCAUGUGAGUGAAGAUGGAAGGACUGGUGUGAUUCCUGGGAUGCUGCCUGCAUGGGGCUGGUUUCCUUCCGUGCUAUUUGUACAAAUAAACCUGAGGCAGGAUC